AUGGCGCAGCGAAGGAGAGGCGGCGACCUUGGGGUUGCGCGAGGUGGGUGGUGGGGCGGACAACAGCGAAAGGUGGCUGAGCGGCGAAGUGGAGAUGAGCUCGUCGUGGGCUGGACGAGCGCCGCUGCGGGAGAGGAAGAAGGAGCGCUGGCGGCGUUGGACAUGGCAAGGCAGAGGAGAGAGGGAGAGCUGGUGAAGGUUGAGCGAGCUGGUGGAGGCGCGCGGCAGGGAGAUGGGGACAGCAGCGGCGGCGGCGGAGCUAGACGUGCGGCAAUAGAGGAAGAGCCGGGAGCUGCUGCAGAGGUGGGAGCGAACUGGAGGGAGGCGCAGCGUCUGAGAAAGCGGCGGCGCAAUGGUCGCGCUUGGGCGUGCGGCUGUGCGAGAUUGUGGCAGGGAGAGAGAGCAGAGGAAGCAGGGGCGGCGGCGUUGACCAGGGAGUACGUCCGUUUGUCUUCAUUGAGAGACUCACUAUUCGCUUCGUUGAGAGGCUUAGGAUUUGUUCGUUGCAAUGGCACAGACACAAGAAGCAAGCGAAACUGCGGGAAGCCCAUCCGUUGCAGAGCUGCGGUUGCUAGGAAAGCAGGGGAACCAUUAGUGAUAGAGGAAAUCAUAGUUGCCCCUCCAAAAGCCCGUGAACUUCGCGUUCGAGUCUUAUGCUCCGCCCUCUGUUUCAGUGACAUCCAUUUCUGGAGGCUCAAAGAACCUCAUGGAUAUUAUCCAAGAAUUUUUGGUCAUGAAACUGUUGGGGUUGUGGUGAGCGUUGGAGAGGGAGUCGAGGAUGUAAAGGUGGGAGAUACUGUCAUUCCAUCAUUCUUGGCUUACUGUGGAGAAUGUCCUGAUUGCAUAUCAAUCAAAAGCAACCAAUGCUCCAAAUUGAGAUUCGAACUAUCUCCUUAUAUUAGAGAUGGGACUAGCCGGUUUUCUGAUCCAAAAGGAGAGACGAUUUACCACUUUGGGUACACAUCAGGUUUCAGUGAGUACACUGUGGUAGACAUCAGUCACGUUACAAAAGUAGAUCCUGCACUUCCAGCCAGUAGAGCAUGCCUGCUUGGCUGUGGAGUAUCAACUGGUGUAGGUGCGGCAUGGAAAACAGCUGAUGUUGAAGAAGGUUCAACUGUAGCUAUUUUUGGAUUGGGAGUAAUUGGAUUAGCGGUUGCUGAAGGAACAAGACUUCGCGGAGCUAAGACAAUUAUCGGUGUGGAUAUGAACCCGGACAAAGUUGAAAUAGGUAAAAAGUUUGGCGUCACCCAUUUUAUCAACCCAAGGGAACUUGGCGGCAAACUAGCGAGUGAGGUGAUUCUUGAGAUGACUGAUGGCCUUGGUGCUGAUUACUGCUUUGAAUGCGUCGGCUUGCCAUCCCUAUCACAAGAAGCAUUUACUUGCUGCAGAAAGGGAUGGGGAAAGACCAUCAUAUUAGGAGUGGACAAGCCAGACUCGCAGUUUCUCGUCAACUCCCUAGUGAAUAAUCAUAGCGGGAAGACCAUCACAGGAGUCCAAUAUGGUGGUCUCAAGCCUAAUCUUGAUAUUGCCAUUCUUGCAAAACGUUACUUGGAUAAGGAGCUUCAGCUGGACUUGUUUGUCACGCAUGAGAUCAAACUCGAAGACAUCAACAAGGCUUUCAAGUUGCUCAUUGAGGGCAAGUGCCUCCGGACUGUCAUUUGGUUGGAUCAGGAGAGGGCAAGUGCCGAUGGUGUGACCUUUAAUGAAAUAUAAGGAGUAGACUCACAA